CCCAAGCCCCGACUUCGGUCGUUGUAUUUUGAAAGGAAGAAAAAAGCGAUCAACAACUUCGACCCGUCACAAAUAUUUCUUACUCAAGUGAGAUCAACAACAUGCUUAGUUCGCAUUCCCCAACAGCUAGUGAGCCAAACACCGUGAGCGACCUGUUUCCUGCUAUAUUGCUAUGCAACGUUCAGCAGCAGACAAGAGCCUGUGGUUGCGGGAAUAAGCUGACCGAAAUAAGCGUCGUUACGGAAGACCCGGCGCUCGAAAGCUUGAGACGGGAAUGGGUUGCGCAUAAUGGCAUUUGGCUUGAUGCGGCACAGCAGCGCCAGAAUCCGCGAGCUAGUGUUUCAUGCGUGGUCACUACAUUCCAGCUCGGAGGUCUCGGAGAAGGAGCGAACGGAACAACGCAAAUCCUGUACAGCACGCGCCAGUGUCGUUUUUAAACACCCAAUCCGAAAGAGAGCGCACUUUCUCCAGCAAGGAGGGAGCAGCAAUCCGGCCCCGUUCUCUAUGGAGGUAAUAGAAAUGUCGGUAGAGCGUCGACGUUCUUUCCUGUUGCAUCUGUAGGUUGAAAGGCCCGUCUCUUCCACAUUGGAAGGCAGAGCCUAACCGGAAGUAGCGGUUAGGGCUACAUCCCAGGCUUCUAUCUUGGAACGAAGAGCCUGGCAGCGGCAGCGAACAUCAUUUGCGUCCCUAGGGCAGCAAGCAGUUGCUGUCGAGCGUCAUCCGUGGCGAGCGGCCGGAAGCGGAAGUAGCCGAACCCUUCGCUUCGGCCGAUAGGAACCCGGAAACUACCGAGAGGAUGGCGGCCGGUCGAAGUUUGAGUCGCUCGGAGCGGAAGGCGGCGGCUCGCGCUGAAUUCCUCCGGCAAGAAGAGCAGCGGGAACGACGGAGGCAGGUGUCCCGGAUCCUGCGCAAACCCGCGGCUGAGCGGAGCGCCGACGAGGCGAUGCUUCUGUCUGGCUGCCAAGAGAUGGUGCGGGAUCUGGAGCGACUUCGCAAGAAGCGUGAGAGGCUGCGGCGCCGGCUAGAGGAGGUGUGUGAUGAACCCGACGAAUUGAAGAGAAAAGUCAGCAAGCUCUCUGCUGUUGUCCGAGGAGCUAAACAUCUUAUUGUAUAUACAGGAGCUGGCAUAAGUACGGCAGCUUCAAUUCCUGACUACAGAGGUCCAAAUGGGGUGUGGACAAUGCUGCAAAAAGGGAGAAGUAUCAGGGCUACCGAUCUGAGUGAAGCAGAGCCCACACUUACCCACAUGAGCAUUGCUUGUUUGCACAAGCACAAACUGGUGAAGCAUGUAGUAUCUCAAAACUGUGAUGGGCUUCACUUGCGCAGUGGACUUCCUCGAGAAGCCCUUUCUGAGCUGCAUGGAAACAUGUAUAUAGAGGUUUGCACAUCUUGCAUACCCAAUCGUGAGUAUGUGCGAGUAUUUGAUGUGACAGAGCGCACAGCCUUGCACAGGCACCAGACUGGGAGAUUAUGCCAUAAAUGUGGAGCACAACUGAGAGAUACAAUUGUACACUUUGGGGAGAAGGGUAUUUUACAGCAACCCUUGAACUGGGAGGCAGCAACAGAAGCUGCUAGCAAAGCAGAUGUGAUCCUUUGCUUGGGGUCUAGCUUGAAGGUUUUGAAAAAGUAUCCACAUUUAUGGUGCAUGAGCAAACCACCCAGACACCGCCCUAAACUCUAUAUUGUAAAUCUCCAAUGGACACCAAAGGAUGAUCUUGCAGCCCUAAAACUUCAUGGAAAAUGUGAUGAUGUGAUGAAGUUGUUGAUGGAUGAACUGGAACUUCCCAUUCCUUCCUAUGAUAGAAUGAAGGACCCCAUCUUUUCUCUGGCUGUUCCUUUGCAACCUGAAGAAGAAUGCAGUCAUAGCCGGAAACCCGUGACCCCACCAGCAAGUCUUCAUGAAGUGCAACUGGGAGAGGAACAGCAGAUGCGUCCAGAUCCUCCCUCUGGUGGCUGGUUUGGCAGAGGCUGUGCAAAAGGCACGAAGAGGAAAAAAAAUUCUUGAUAAUGGAUUUUUAAAAAAAAAAUCUUGGGGACCAACUAAAGUUGCUAAAAUCAGGGCAAGAAAUUACAUCUGCACUAGAGUUGAUCAGGAUUGCUGGGCUAACUGGAAAAAACACAGCUGCUAUUUUCAUAGAGAUUUUUUUAUAAUUAGCUUACAAGGACCAAAGCCUGGCUUGGUUUCUGCUGUCUAAGGGAAGGUUGGCAUUUAAUACUCAGGGCUGCCAAUUAUUAACAAUUAUUAAUAAAAUUAUUAUA